CGUGACCCUCCUCCCCGCCCCCUCGCCCGGCUAUAAAGGAGGGUUUUAUUCUCGGGCUCCGGUCUCACGCCAAACCCUGUCACACCGUCUAGACGAGCUGUCGUGGGGCUCGGCCCAGCUGUCACCAUGGCGAUGGAGACGAGUCCGCUGUGAAUUUUGGGGGGGGGGAGCGAGCGAGAGCGGCGGCGGAGGAGGAGGAGGAGGAAGGCUCGGCCGCCGCCGUGCCCUGCCCUGCCCCGCCGCCGCCCGUGGGGGGGAGGCACGGACCCCCCGGCGCUCUCGGCCGCGGCUGGAGCCGGCCCGGCGGGGAGCCCCGGGGAGCCAGCGGCCGCGGGCGCGGAGCGAGCCUCAGAUGCGUCUGUCACACAACCCCGGCCGAGCUAUUUAAAGUAACGGGCCUCGCCGGACUUUUGUCUCUGCCUAUUUAUGAGUCCCCGGGAGCUGUCAGGCGCCGCCGGGCAGCGCUAGGAGCCGAGCCCGCCGCGCCAGCCCCGCGGGGAAGCCAGCGCCGAGCCGGGGCCGGCGGGGGCCCGCCCGGAGCAUGACGGCGAUCCGGGCGCUCCUGCUCUGCUCCUGCCUGGGGCUGCUGCGCCCGGGGGCCGGGCAGCCCUUCCUGCGGCUGCGACCCUCGCCCAGCGACAACCUGCCCGUCAAAGACAUCGUGGAGCACCCGGAUCCCGAGUACGACCCCAAGGAGCAGGACCUGGACGAGAGGACUCUGAGGAAGAAGCUGGGCAGCCAUUUCGACCCCGGCUUCAUGGCCGUGGCCGUGCCGGGGCCGGCCAACGCCUCGGGCGCCGAGGCGGCGGCGGGGCGGGGGCGGGCGGCGCUGCCCGCCGAGCUGCGGCGGCUGGAGCUGGGGCCGCCCCACGGCCCGCGCUUGCGGGUGGGCAAGAAGGCGCGGCGGAAGGUGCUGCAGUGGCUCUGGGCGUACACCUACUGCCCCGUGCUCUACACCUGGAAGGACCUGGGCGUCCGCUUCUGGCCCCGCUACAUCAAGGAGGGCAACUGCUUCGCCGAGAAGUCCUGCUCGCUGCCCGAGGGCAUGUUCUGCAAGCCCGUCAAGUCGGUCACCAAGACGUUCCUGCGCUGGCACUGCCAGGGCUGGUCCAGCCAGAAGUACUGCACCUGGAUCCCCGUGCAGUACCCGCUCAUCUCCGAGUGCAAGUGCUCCUGCUAGCCUCCCCCGGCCCCUUGCACUGCCGCCUUCUGUCGUCUGGAUGAUUUCGGGGGGGUGGGGGAGGGGGUGUUUGGCGCUUUUUUUUUUUUUUUUUUUUUUUUUUUCCCACACCCACCCCCCACCCCCCCCCCAGCGCGGGGUGAGGGAAGAGGAACCGUUUUUGGGGUGGCUUUUUGGGGUGUUUUUUUUUUUUUUUCGUUUGUUUGUUUUGUGAUUUUUUGUU